AUGGCAUCAGAGGUAGAUGAGGAGGGGGAUGAAAUGGAGUGGCGGAAAUGCACCAUUUCGUUGUUUGCCAACCGCCAAGAAACCCCAACAAAGAAGAAGAAGAAAAAGAAGAAGAAGAAACUCGCACUAUCUCCUUGCGGUGCUAAGUCAAGAGAGGUAGCCCACAUUGACAGCAACAAUAUGGAAGAAGGAGAUAUAGUCACUGCUGAGACAGAGCAAGAAGAUGUGGAGUACAAUGAAGAAGAGGAGCCUGAGGUGGAAAUGCCUGUCAGCAGUCCUGUUAAAAGAGGGAGGGGGAGGCCAGCAGGGCCAAAGAAGCUGAAGGCCCCCAUCACAGAUAAUGACCAGUCAGACCCAGCCUCAGGCAUGCCUAAUGGUGAGACCCCACAGCCCAAGAGGGGAAGAGGACGUCCAAGACUCUCUGAUGCAAAUGCCACAAAGCAGCAAGAAUCAGAAGGUAACCAUGCUGAUGACCCUGUAAAAACUCCUAAGGGUCGAGGGAGGCUCAAAGGGUCCAAGAAUAGGACCAGUAACGUAGGCAGUUCCAUACCACAGAGCUCCCCUAAGAAAAGAGGCAGGCCAAAAAAGUCAAUCAGCCCUGGGAUGCCUGUGGGUGAAGUCUUAGCAAAUGGUGUUGGUGAUGCUCCAGUGUCAAGAAGAGGUCGUCCUAAAGGAUCUGGUAAACGCAAGUUAGAAAGUGAUACAGGCACGCCUAAAAAAAGAGGUCGACCAAAAGGCUCUACGAAUAAGAAGCCAAGGCUGGAGUUGACAGGUGUAGAUGGAAUUAAUAUUGACGGGAGCACCAAACAACUGGUCAAGAGGGGAAGGGGUCGACCUAAAGGCUCUUCAAACAAGAAGGUACGUGGGAGGGUGGGCCGGCCUCCGAAAGUACAGCUCCUUCCUCCUCCAAAACAGAAACGAGGCCGACCUAAAAAAGAGCCAGCAAAAAGGGGAAGGCCCAGAAAGUACCCUCUUCCAUCACCUGACGAGGUAAAAAGGCCCAAAGUAUGGAAGCCACUGGGAAGACCGAGAAAAUACCCACGUGUGGAUCCUCCUGGGGGGGCGCUGUCUACCCCCAAACGAAGUCGUGGUAGGCCUCGCAAGUCAGAGUCUAAAAAAGGAGCUCAUUUACGCAUAAAAUUUCCUAUUCCAUCAUCGCUGCAUACUUCAAGAAAAAGGGGUCGUCCGUCAAAGAGUGCACAAAGGGAUGGCGAAACCCCGAAGAAAAGAGGCCGUCCUAAAGGUUCACGUAACAAAACCCCACAAACACAGAUUGAUGACAAAAUCAACACUUCAGACGAAACAACCAAUCGAUCUGCAACAAGUGAAGGUGAAACGCCGAAGAGGAGGGGCCGCCCUAAGCUUUCUUCGACCAAAAGGAUAAGUGAAAGCGCGCCAGAGUUUGACAGUCAACUCCCAGAAGAAACAGCUGAUUCAUCUGCUGGCAACAUGGAGAUGCCCCCCAUUGUACACUCAGGCAGCGCACAAAGUGAAGGGGGAACUAGGAAGAAAAGGGGCCGCCCUAAAGCUUCAGUCAAAAAUAAUAAAAGCGAGAUUGAGCUAAACAAUGAACUGGCGAACCGUUCUCAAGCAACAAGCGAUUCUGUUGAGGAGAAGGAGGUUGACCAAAAUGUGGAGAUGGUGCCCAUCGAUGAGGCUGGAGAAAUGUUUGUUGAGCAGGAUGCAGCUUUGGAAGUUAGCUACGGUCCAUUAAGUUAGACUUAACAGACCGUCUUGUUCCGACCAAAACAGCUGAUGUAGUAGACGCUGUCUAAAACAUUGAAUACAGUUUUGUCAAUGAGAAAAAAAACGUAACACACGGUCGGGUAGGGUAGAUAUACAGCAGCUCUCCUGUUUUCCUGACUAACUUGUCAUGUCGUUUUAUUGUGCUUUUUUCUAAGUUCUUUAAGUCUGCCACCUGAAUAAGCAGUAAUACUUAAAAUCUUUUACUAGAACUGGCAUGUAGACUUUAUGAUAAUAGAUUCCCAGUUUUUCAUUUAGCUUCAGGUGUAGUGUUUGUCUAACUAUAAACGUUUGCAGAAGAAUUACUUUGAUGGGAAAACAAAACAACAAAAAGACGUCGAGAGCCAAAGUCCUGACAUCACAUCUGACUCCGCUCUGUCCAACUUUGUGGCUUAUAUCUCAUUGAACAUUUUGUUACUUGAUUUCUCUGGAAAUUGGUUUCUUGACUUCCCUUUUUUAGGAUGAACUAUAUGCAGGUACAGAGCAUGGGACUUAAACACAAAUUGUUUUCAGUGUACGUUUUUCCAGGUCUUUAAAACACCAACCAGUUAAUGCACAAGUCUGGUUUAACAUGGUUGAGGCUGAUUAGUUGUGCAAAACUGAUUUGACUACAUGUAAAUCUGGAAAAAAGAGAUGACUGCAAAGUAUGUUUCUGUAGCCCUAUUCAUACCCGAGCAGAACUCCUGAAAAUGUCCUAACUCAAAGUGUGUUUUAAUACACCAUAUUUUACUGUACUUUCUUUGAUGUUGGUAUUGUAGUUUCCUUAACAAUAUCUCACCGUUAUCUGCUCCUUGCUUGAUUUAUUGUAACUUUUCACUCUGGCUCUCAGAUAAAGUUUAGAGAGUUUGAAUUGCUAAAUUUUGUGUAAAUCACAUCUUUUUUUCUGGUGCAAUUUCCCAGCAGAUCAUGUUUUCAUGUUUGUUUUGCCUUAACAGCCAAAGCUUUGAAUGUACCAUCAGUUAGUAAAAAAAUAUUUUUUUCUUAAAACGUGAAUUCCUCAACAGGACUGAACCUCUGUAUCAAAUGCCUUCCCGACGCUCACAGUGGCCCUGAAGAUUUCCCCUUCUUUUGUCAUGUAUUGACUUUUUAAGUCAGUUGUUUUUGAGAACAUUUUUUUCUCUUUUCUUUAAAUGUUUGUGUAGCUGUGAAGCCUUUUAUUUUUGUAAAAACUUGGGAUUGUCAUUAGGUUAAAUCCAAGUGACUGAAUUGAUGUCAUAAACUUUGAUUUUACUUGUUUUUGAGAACCUUGUGUAAGAAUCAUACCUUUUACAUCAUUAUUACUGGUAUUAACAUCUUUAUGGUUUCCAUAUGCCAAAUUGUGCUUCUUUGUGUCACGUUAAAAAGAAUUUGGAAGGAAAAGGAGCUUGAUGGUUUUAAUAUGACAUUGACAUUUGAUCUGGCUUUUUAAGGUCAAAAUGUUUCAUGUGGAAAUGUUUGAUUUUGUGUGUUUUUGAACAAGAAGUCCAUUUGUGAGAUAAUACUCUUGAAUAAAAAUGUUGAUCUUGUUGUUUUA